AUAGAGGAACUAAGGAACCAGAAACCUCUUAGCAUAACCUAAUGGCGGCGAUGAGGAGCGUUCUGCUGAAGCACUUGAGGGUGAAAGCAGGAUAUCCUCUUCGAUCGCCGGUGACGUUCUCUUUCUCCCAACUCAUCUGCCGCCACUUCUCGGAGGAAGUCAAGGGCUCGUUCCUGGACAAAUCUGAGGUCACCGAUCGGGUCAUCACCGUGGUAAAAAACUUCCAGAAGGUUGACCCCUCUAAGGUGACUCCAAAGGCUAAUUUUCAAACUGACCUUGGACUGGACAGCUUAGACACCGUCGAGGUCGUUAUGGCCCUUGAGGAAGAAUUCGGCUUCGAGAUUCCCGACAACGAAGCAGACAAGAUUAGCUCGAUCAAUGACGCCGUCGACUUCAUCGCCUCUCAUCCUCAAGCAAAAUGAUGUCAAAGGUUGGAACUUCCUACUGAUAUUUCAUCAAUAAUGUAUUUCUUUGUCCCAAAACCAAUUGGAGUAUCAGACAUGUUUGUGUCAAGGCAUUGGCUAAACUUCAAAGGAGUUUCUCCACCCUAAUUAUUAUAUCUGGCAAUUGUUUUAUCAUCAGCUUGUCACCAUAGGCAAACAUCUGUACUCCAAAGAGGACUUUUUUUUUUUUGUUUUCCUGUAUCAAGAGUUUUUGGCUUUCAUGCAAAACUUUCUCUUGCUUCUAUUGCUUAUUUUCUCCUAA